AUGACAAGUGGUGAAGAUCAUUCAGGAUCUUGCUUGUCCUCUAAAAGAAAUUAUAAAACAGCAGACAGCUACUUGAAGGAAUUAAAUGAGGACUUAAAGUUAAGGAAGCAGAAACUUCCAGAGAUGCUAAAACCUCUGGAAGAUAAGAACAAUCUCUUAUUCCAGAAGUUAAUGGCUAACUUGGAGGAAAAACAAAGAAGUCUGCAGAUCAUGAGGCAGAUCAUGGCAGGGAAGGGAUGUGAUGAAUCUUCAGUCAUGGAGCUUAUUAAGGAAGCAGAGGAGAUGAAACAGAACCUGGAAAAGAAAAACAAGAUGCUUCAGAAGGAAAUGGAGAUGCUAUGGAAGAAGACAUUUGAGUCAGAAGAGCUCCAUGAUCAACAGAAAGCACCACCAACAAAACCAAAGGCAGUCAUGCAGGAUGGAAAAGCUCCCAAACCCCCCUUAUCAUUUGGUAAGACCAACAAUGAACUGGAGAUGUGAGAUGUAGAGAAAAGAUCUUUCUUCUACCAGGAAAAGCAACAGAGGAAAGUGGAAUAGAUGAAGUAUCAGGAACAAGCCAACAUCCUUCAGAAUGACUUUCAUGGCAAAGUAAUUGAGUUGAGAAUUGAAGCCUUGAAGAACUAUCAGAAUUCCAAUGACCUGAAAUUAUCACUGUACCUAUAGCAGAAUUUUGAGCCAAAGCAAACAGUUUUGAAUCUUCCGAGGUCUCAAGGUAAAAUAGGCACUACAGUUAUGGGGAGAUCAACCAACAGAAAUGAACCCAAUAUGAGAACACCAGAAUCAAAGACCUACACAGAACAACAAGGAGCUAGAGAAAGUCAGUCUGAUGAUAUAGGAGAGAGGCUCUUUUUUCUGAGGUCACUGUCAGAUGAAGCUCUGAAGGAUCAGAGGUUUUUGCUCCAUUUGCUUUGGGCAGAUUUAAAGACUAGCCAAGUGACAGAAAGCCUCUCUCCAGGAGAGCGGACGGAGGGUCAAGCGGCCGAGGCGCCACAGGAUAACCCGCCGCUUCGCCCACGGGGGACUCAGUCCCAGUGGACACCGUUCCGCCACCCACGCAGCUUUCCGAGCCGCCUCUAG